AUGACUGCAGGGGCGAGAGGUCAGCUCCAGACGAGGUCGCCGUCGGCCUCCCGUCUCGUCGAUGUGGAUGAGGCAGUGCGCAUUCUUCACGCGGCGUGUCAGCAUCGAACCAGUGCAGACGCCUUAGCGCCGCUCGUGCAGUCCGCUCAGCACUUGGCCUCGCACUGCACGCCGGCGUUGUUUUCCAGCGUACUGGAGGCCUGCGACGCCACAACGGCGGUGGAGGCUGCACCGAAGAAGCUGACGAUGCUCAACACAGUGUGGAAGCUGCUUCUCACGAUUGCUACGCAGGAAGGGGUGGAGCCGGCUUACUACAGCGCCGCCGUCUCGCGCAUGGUCGAGCAGCUUCGCUGGGGCGUUCUGACGCAUGACUGGAGCGAUAGCAAGCGGAUUCGUCUAGCCACAUUCUUUGCAUCACACGUCGUCUCCACGGUUCGAGCUCAUCCUCAAAUGCUGCUGCUGCGCACGCUGGAGGCGACAGCCGUGAUUGGCCAACUCGUACGGCUGUACUUCGCCGUAUGCGUGACGGUGGCGACGAGUGCACGGGACACAGAGGCAGUGGCGCUGCUUUACGAUAACGUUGUAGUUCGCCUCCACGCCAUCUUCGACUGUCUUGGUAACGCUGCCGCUGUUUCUAUGACGAGUGCACACAGCAGCGAGCUGGACGCAAAGGCAGCAUGUAGCGCUGAUAAGGUGGGCAGGGACGGCGCUGCAUCGUCGUCACUGUGUGGCGAGGCUGCUUCAGGAUCUUCAGCUACCUUACCACCACAGCUACGUGGCGAGAGCCCGCCCAGCGUGAUGGAGGAGUUGCUGACCCAGUGUGUGUCGACGGCAGUCGCGCGGGAGGUGGAGGAGGCGGCGGGUGGUGGGGUAACAGUGCGCAUGGCGAUUGCCACCGCCGCACUCAGCCUCUAUCUGCAUGUCGUGCGAGGCGCGCUCGAGGCGGCCUCACCGUCUGCCGCCGGCACCGGUGCAGGCUCGACGAGGCAGGAGGGUAACCCCAGCAAGCGAGACAUAGAGGAGAAUGAGGCAGCGGCUGUCGAGGUGACUGCCGCGCAGGCGUUAAGUUCACCAAGGCUGACCCCACUUCCGACGCUAGAGCUGAUUAUGGAGAGUUUGAUUUGGUGGACGCAAUGCACAACGGAGAAGGAGCAGGCGCACACCUCUACAACUCGAGCUUCUUUGCUACGAGUGGAAGUACACAAGUGGGCAGUUGCACUGCCACCGGAUGUCUUCUGUUACUCUGAAACCUCAGACACGUCAUCAGAAGCGCCUCCCGUGUCGCUGCGCGCGCUGUGGACGGACACGCUCGUCACAGUGUGGCAGCAGUGGCUUCGUAGCAUGUGCGAGAUAUCCCGGCAGGGCGGUGAGGGCAGUUGCGCAGGUGCUGCAGGGUCCCUGCGCGCAAGUAAACCUUGCGGAGCGAAGUCCGUGGGGCCAGUGACGGAACUAGACACAUCAAUGGCCCGAAGCAGGGAAACUGCGCCAACUGCGAUUGUCGCCAAGAGUACAUGGUUUGCUUCUCUCCUGCUGUCAUCUGUCGCCGGAACGCUUCACUCGUCUUCAGUUGCCUUGAUGGUGCUGGAGGCGUGGGCAGAGCUCUUCCAUCGAACGGAAGAGGCAGUGGCCGGCGUAGCAUUCUCUAUACCGUCUCCAGGUAUAUUGUCCACCGCCGACGAUGCAGCGACAGUCGUGUAUGCGCUGCUGCGGGUAUUAGCCAAUCUUCGCUGCGGGGCAGUUUCACUAGUUGAGAGUCUCUUGCGUUUGCAGCGACACCUUUCUCAGGAUGGCCGAUGCAGGGCUGGCUCAGCGCAACCGGCUGACUUCGGCAGUACACAUGCGAUGACUGCAAUACCACUCCAAUGGAUCUGCUCAACGGUAGCGCUGCUGGCCUACGGAGAAGCAGUGUUAGAGGUACAUUCCCCACGUGUCGCAGUGGCAACUCGAGUAGAGUGCGGAGGUGAGGUUGACCGUGCCACGGCUACGAGGGUGAUUGUGCACUUGACGACGGUAAUGCGGGCACACAUUACUCCCCACCUUCGUGCGCGAAGGGUGAGCGGGAUGGAAACCAUCACCGAGUCGUCAGCAGUGACCGACGCCACGACGCAGAUGCGUGAACUGCUCAUGUCUGUGCAGCAGCCCGAGUCUGCCGCUUGGAGAAGGAGGUCCUCGGGGUCCGUAAAGCUUGCCCGACAUACUCAGACUUCCCUGUUGGUCCUGGGUGUACCUCGUGCAUGGAGCGCUCUUGCCGCUGCUGUGGCGCAGCACCGACCUACUGCCCCAGCAGAUUCGGAUGGGACAGACGCCGCGGAGUGUUGCGGGAUGGAGCUGAAGGCACUACUGCUGUCUCUUUCGCCACUACUCGCCUCGCUGACGCAUGCCCUGCAAUCGCUAGGCUGUGAGCCGGGCCUGUCGGAGGCGAGCGAGGAGACGGAGAUGCCAUCUGGUCUACCUUACGCACAUGUGGCACGCUGGGUGGCCGCGCGGCUACUAGACAUGGUCGCCGUGGUGCCGCUGACAGACAGCUCUGAGGACGCAGUAUUGCUUGCGUGUGUGCGUCGAUGGACGGACCUUGCCUUUGGAAGCGGAGCUUGCGCUGCAAGCGAGGGCUCUGCGGCUGUGCGGGUCGAUGACCCCAUCGCCCUCGCAGACGCCGCUGUUUCACUGCUGCACGUAAUGGAGGAGUGCACGACGCUGCCGCUGGAGAAGUUGCACCUGUCCGAGCAUGCUACCCAUUCGCUCAUGAAGCUCCUACAGGGUGACGAUGGAAGGAUCUCAGGAGAGGUCGAUAAAGUGGGGGGCGACGGCAGCAGUGAUGGUCGCUGCCCUUCUUGGCCUGCACUGUGGCGCCGCGAGGCAGCGCAGUGGUGCGAGAUGGAGAAAGAGCUUAUGACCUGCCGUCGGCCUAUGGAGGAGUGCGAGCAGGUGGAGGAGUUGGGGUGGGCACCAGCGCUGGCGAAGGAGCUUCGCGCAGCGACCCCUUACAUGGACGUAACGGCACCGCCCUCGUCUGACGAGGAGCUGCGCCGAGGUCUCCUGUACUGCGAGGCCGUGUUGCGACACCUUAAAGAGCGCGAUCUGAUCUUGCUCGACGAUGGAGAGAGCCAGAGCAAGCGCCGCAGGACCGAAGAUGGCGAUGACCCGCAGGCCGCAGCUGCAGCUGUCAUGCAAAGCGUAGAACGCAUUCAGGAGCUGAGUCACGCCUUGUUGGUGCGUACCCGCGGCGCAUGCGGCACAGCCACUACCGAGGCCGCUGCUGCCAUUGGUGCGGUCCCCUUUCCACCAACGCUUCCUGCCACGUCUCUCAAGGCGGCGGCAUCACCAGGCGGCGCGGAAGAGACCGGCAGUGGCGCUCCCGUCUUCACGCUUACAGACACAGAGUUGGUCGAGAGGAGUUGUGUACCGUCGAAUGCGCAGGUGAUCGACGUGGAGUAG